AAGAAUGCAGCUGCCGCGCCAAACGCGAAAGAAAGAAACAAGGCCAUUCACAUUCACACCAGCUAUAACAAAGAACAGUAGAGGCGUGAAACAGCGUAGCUUUUGGAUUUAAGGUGCAAAUACUUAAAAAGAUGUCUUAGUUUUUGUACUAUUGUGGAGGUGCAAUCUAUUACUGGUGAAGUCAUUUAAUAUGUAUACAAUCCCUCUAAUUUGGCUGUGCUUGGCUGAGAAUAUUAAGAUGAAUUUUGCUUCAAUUUAAUCUGAGAGACAAUAUUUAAAAAUCUCUUCAAGACUUCUACAACUAUGUUAAUCAGGAGUUUACUUUCAGCCAAUGUCCUCCCUUUGAGAUGUUUUUCCUCAUCAGCAAUUAAUGUUCUAAAAACUGGAGAUAUUUUAAGGCAAGCAAGAAUUUUUACAAAUGAAGAUGUCCUUGAAUAUUCGAAGGUGAGUCAUGAUUCAAAUCCUAUGCAUUUUGAUUCUGAGCUUGCUCAAAAUGCUGGAUUCGAAGAUAGACUUGUUCAAGGGAUGCUUGUUGCUGCCCUAUUUCCUCGGAUAAUUUCUUCCCAUUUUCCUGGAGCUGUAUAUGUUUCCCAAAGCUUGAAUUUCAAGUUGCCAGUCUAUGUUGGAGACAAGGUGGCAGGUGUGGUACAAGCGAUUAGUUUGAAAGAAAGCAAGAAAAGAUACAUAGUAAAAUUCAAGACAAGUUGCUUUAAGAAUGAUGAGAUUCUUGUUCUUGAUGGAGAGGCUAUGGCCAUUUUACCUACGCUUGCAGUAGAACAAGUGCAUUCAAUGGAAUGAUAAAAAUUGUGAUAGUUCAAGAUACGUGCUGCAGAUCAAUUAGCUGCUUAGCUUCUUAAGCUUCCAUGUAUUUAUUAAUUUCUUAUUUGUGGGACUUUAAAAAGAAUUAAACAGAGCUUGGAUGGAAGUAAUACCUUUUUGAAUUCUGCACCUAUGUACAAUUUUGACAUUCCUAAUUAAAAAGUCCAGGCUUUCGGUAA